GGCAGUCUUCAAUAAUUCCGCAGGUGGCGAAGCUCGCGAACGAAAGAAUCACCGCGACCCAUAGCUACACCAGCAAUCGGAUAAAUACCUUGUUGGGCCCUGGUGCUCUCUCAAUCGCUACCUGGACUCCAUUCCCACCUCCACUCCCUCCCCCGACGUCAUACACGCCCAGAGACACUCAACCGGAAACACCCAACAUAACGAUCACCAACUCCCACAAUGUCGUCGUCGCCCGAGACCCAGGCAAAGAAGCGGAAGCGUCAACGCCCCAUCAUUUCGUGUACCGAAUGCCACAGGCGGAAACAGAAAUGCGAUAGACAGCUGCCGUGUGGAAACUGCACCCUGCGAUCGGCAAGCCAUCUCUGUCAGUACGAGACUAAACCGGCCCGCCGAGGGUCGGACAGUUCGUCGCCGACUAGUGUGAGCCCUAUCGAUUCGACGGCGACAACGACAUCGGCUAUCCUGGCCAGCGCGGAAGUUACCGGUUCCUUCGGGUACGUGCGGAAUCGUGGGUGCAGCGCUGUGGAUGUGCUCGAGAAGUUGGAUCUUGAGGACGGUCCGUGGAGACCGGAGCCCGUGCUGGACAAUGCCGAACAGGCCGAGCUGCAGAAUUACAACCGCAUCAUCACCACCAUUCCCCCGCGGCCAUACACCAUGCUCCUCGUCAAGGUGUUCUUCGCCGAGUGCAACUGGAUAUACUGGUGUGUGCACCCAGGCUCGUUCUGUCAGCUGCUCGAGGAGUGGUACGAGCGCUGCACGUCCAAGACACCUCCGGUGCCGUCGCACGGCAAGUCGGGCGAUGGCGAGCGGCGAAGGGCAUUAUCGCAGUUCCCGGUGUUGCUGUUGCAAAUGUGUGCUGUGGCACUGCAGAUGCUGCCGCGUGAACACUACAAGCAGAUGUCGCAGCUGAAUAUCCUCGGGAAGGAGGAUUUUCGAUCGCUGUCGAUCGCGUACAGCAACUCUGCGUGCGAAUUGGCGACGCUUCUGGCACCGUAUCAGGCUACGUUGUCGCGCGUCCAGCAGUGGUUUCUGCGCGCGUCGUGGCUCAAAAGCGAGGGACGCGCUAUCGAGUCCUGGCACGCGCUGGGCCAGUCGAUUCGCGAGGCGCAGGAGCUCGGUCUGCACAGCCAGCAGCCGCGGACCUAUAAUGGUGGUGUCGAGAAUGUUGCCAGUCUGUGGCAGCGUGAGAUCGAGAAGAGAGUAUGGACGAACCUAUACGUGUGGGAUCGCUUCAUGAGCAUGAUUCUAGGUCGACCAACCCUGAUAAACGACCGACACUGCACCGUUACCCCACCGCUCGACUGCAAUAUCCCCAAUGACAUAACCCGCACGCCUCCCGUCCCCCGAAGCCCACUUGACCCCCCUUCGCAGUUCACCCAGCGCCUCCUCGACUACCAGCUGGCCCACAUGAUUAAUGAGAUCGACGACUUGCAGAUGGAAUCGGCCAAGAACAUGUCGCACAGCUUCGAGGGGACCGACCGGCUCCAGUUCAGUAUUGAGUCGAUCAUCGAGUGCUAUCCUCCCGGCCUCGCCGUCUCGAACCGGGACACCAGCCACGACGGCGGACCGAACACUGUGUUUCUGCGCGCCCAGGCCGAACUGCUUCGAUGCUCGACAUACAGCCUGAUCGUAGGCCUUCACCGCCCCUUCGUCUUCACGCGGCAGAAGAGCCGAAUCGAGAUCGUGCGUGCCGGAAUAUCCGUGCUCGAGUCGCAACAGCGGCUGCUGGAAGCCACGCGAGAGCACCACCACACCAUCUACACGCUCAACUUCUUCACCUUCGAUCCCGCGGUCCUGAUCGCGGCGAUCAUCAUCACGCAGCCGCUCUCGCUCUCGCAAGACCUUCUCGACAUCGCCCUCGCCUCCAUCCGCGAGGGGCAGAAGCGUAUGGAGCGUCUCGGGCGCCGCGUCAAGCUCGCCGAAAAGGGCGCAACAAUCCUCAGCUUGCUGAUCAAGAAAGCCGAGUCGUCGAACGCGGCGUCCCAGCACCUCCGCAUGCGAAAUGCAUUCUCCAUGUCGCCCACCGACAGCGCGAACUCUUUCUCCUCCGCGAAAUAUACUCAUCAGAGCUCGCACUCCCCUAGCUCGUCGCUGGCGAAUAGCGAUAGCGACGGGUGGCUGGAGUUGCCGGUGGAGGGCUUUUCGAAUAAUAGCACUGGUAAUUGUAAUGGAUUCGCGCCCAUCAACACCAGCAUCCUGUCGACUCGAGAGUUGGAAGAGAUUCUGGCCGCGCCGCUGCCGGACCCGAUGGUGGUUACCCACGGACUGGACACGACGGUACAGUUCGGGACGGGAAUGAUGGACGGCUUGGAGGCGGAUAACUUCUGGCAGAAUCUUCUGUAUGUACCGUUUCCGUAGACGAUUGUUGGUUUUUUUGAGAGGGGGGCGGGAGGG